GGAAAUAAAAGACAUACAUAAUUUUGCUCAUCGUAACGCUAAAGAAAAUUCAUUACAGAUGAUAAAAAAAUAUUUCUUUCCUCGAAUGCACAAAUUGAUCGAUAAUUACGUAAAAACAUGCGAAAUUUGUAAAAUGGAAAAAUAUGAACGUCAUCCACAGAAAUUUAUACCUGUGAGAACACCAAUCCCAAAAUACCCCGCUGAAAUUAUACACAUUGACAUAUUUGCAUAUAACGCAAAUUUUCUAUUCAUAACAUCCCUUGAUAAAUUUUCCAAAUAUUUAAAAAUGAGACCUAUAAAAUCAAAAGCAAUUUCAGAUGUAAAAGAGGUUCUCAUGCAACUUUUAUAUGAUUGGGAUUUACCAGCUCAAAUUGUAAUCGACAAUGAAAGCUCCUUUGUAUCAAAUGUUAUAGAACAACAAAUAAAAAAUUUAGGUGUACAAAUAUUUAAAACUCCUGUAAAUCAUUCAGAGACAAAUGGCCAAGUCGAAAGAUGCCAUUCAACCAUCAGAGAAAUUGCUCGAUGUAUCAAAUCUCUAAAUCCAGAAAUCACAGUCAAUCAGCUCAUGCAAGAAGCAACACAUAAAUACAAUAACUCUAUACAUUCUUUCAUUAAAAAUACCCCCAAAAAUAUUUAUAUAGGAGAAAAUGGAGACUAUUCCUAUCAAGAAAUGGCUUUAAACCGAGAGAAAAAUAAUGAACGGAUUUAUCAACUGUACAAACAAAAAGAAGAAAAAAUCAUACCAAAAAAUUAUCAGUCAUAUAAAAUCAAUUCCUUUGCAUAUGAAAAAACAAACUCAAAUAGCAAACGCAAAAGUAGAUACAAUAUGGUCAAAGUGAAAGAAGAUCAUAAUACUUAUAUUAUUGAUUCAAACAAUAGAAAAAUUCAUAAAUGUAAUCUACGAAAAAACCCCACUGAUUAAAUAAUGUUUUGUAUCGUUUCAGUGCUAGCCUGCUACUUUUCGUGUCUAUAAUUCAGGCUGCAAUCCAAAUACACGACCUUACAAACAAUCCAUUAGCCAUUGUACCUCUCGGUGAAGCAAAAAUAAAGAUAGGUUAUAUACGUAUAUUUCACCCUAUUGAUUUGGCUCAGAUAGGAGAAACAAUAGCCAAUAUUAAUAGAGACAUACAAAACAAUCCUUCCACUAACCCACUCUAUGAACUAAUACAAAUAAAAAAUUAUAAAUUGCACGAAACAUUCUUGAAAAUCAAACCAUUUGUAACUCGGAAUAAAAGGUGGGACACAAUCGGAACAGUUUGGAAAUGGAUCGCCGGCAGCCCCGACGCAGAGGACUUACGAAUGGUGAACUCUUCAAUCAAUUCCUUGGUUGAACAAAACAACAGGCAAGUUCUUAUCAACGAAGCCAUCGAUAAGCGAAUUCAAGAGAUAACCGAUAUCACGAACCAAGUUCUAAAAAUCGAGAACGAGCGAGAAAAAAAUCAUUCCAUUGAGAUUAACCAACUGAUAAUUCUUUCAAACCUUGACUCCUUGCAGAAUCAAGUGGAAACAUUAGAAGAAGCUAUUCUAAUGGCCAAACAUGGCAUACCCAGCAGCAAGCUUUUAUCUAUGAGAGAUUUUGCGAAAAUUUCCACAUUCCUACAAAGUCAUGAUGUUCAUAUAAAUUCUUUUGAAGAAUUAUUGUCACAAUCAAAAGCACAAGUUUUGUUAAACAAAACCCACAUUAUUUAUAUGCUUAAAAUUCCACAGAUGUCUAAAAAUGUUUUCGAAUAUGAUUACAUUGAUUCAAUUAUUAAAAACACGAAGCGCAUAAAAAUUAACAAUAACUACAUAAUCAGAAAUCUUUCACAUGUCUACGAGUUGACGGAACCUUGUGAAGAUCGAGAUGAUUUCUACCUAUGUGAUGACGCCAAGCUAGAUCAUGCCAACGAAUGCAUCUACAAACUCGCAACAGGUAAACAUUCUAAUUGUACUUUUGAAAAAGUAUAUUCAGAAGGACUUGUGAAACGCAUCAACGAAGACACCAUCCUCAUCAAUAACGCUAUAGCUGAAGUAUCAUCAAAUUGUACUGAAUCAAGCCAAGUACUUACCGGAUCAUUCAUAAUUCAAUUUGGUCAAUGCAAUCUUCACAUCAACGGAGAACAAUAUUCAAACUUCGAGUUAACCGUACCUGGAAGGACAUAUUUCCCAACAACUGGUCUUCGAGUCAACGAGCUUCAUACCAUAGAUGCACCACCUGCGGAAUAUCUUCAGAACCUAACCAUCGAACAUCGAGACAAACUGGAGUACCUGAAGGACGCAGACCAACUUCAAUUUUUUCCAUUAAAUUCAACAAGUCAUCAGAAAAAAUUGAAAUCAAAGAAUUAAAUACAUUGCUGACAUCAGACAAAGGAAAUAAAACAGAGUCCACAGAGGAAUUAUCAGAAGAAAGGAAAAAAGAACUUCAAGCUUUUUUCGAUGCUCCAACUCCGUUAAGAACAAUUCAAAAGUAAUCUUUGCGGACAAAGAUGCUUAAGAGGGGAGGAGUUAGCAACGCACCCAAAUUCAAUUAACUUGGAAUGGAAUCGGAUCGAUAUCAAUUAACCAAACAUAAACACUUUCGCUUAUUUGCGUCGUCUGCAUAUUAGCAACAUUGUAACCGAUGCUGAUGUCAACAUUCGUCGCAUAGCCAGAUGAUAUAAGAUGAACGAGACCACCCAGUGAGAUCAUCCUUCGGAUCGCGGGAACCGUACCAAAGAUAAACACUUGGAUUGUUCCCACAGUCGUGCUGUACUAACCAGAACUAACAAGUUAGCAUAAGGCACAAAUGUAAUUUAGUCUUAAGUGAGGAUUCGA